UGGGAGGGGAGGCUGGGUGGCCGGUGUGUGCCGGGAAGGCUUCUUCUUCCUAUUCUCUUCAUUUGCAGCAUGCAAAAUCUUACCUUGCUUUGGCAGGGAAAGCUCUUUAGGGAUGGGCCCUCCGUCUUUCCAGUAGCAAUGGUAGCCACAUAUUUGGCUAGUAAGGCUUUGUGGGUGGAAUAAAAAGGAACAUUGCAGAAUACAUCUCUGAAGAACAGGAUUCAAGAGUGGAUAGGAUUCACUCAGCGAUGAUGAAUGCGGAUAUGGAUGCUGUUGAGGCUGAAAAUCAAGUGGAGUUGGAAGAAAAAACACGACUUAUUAAUCAGGUUUUGGAACUGCAGCAUACACUUGAAGAUCUGUCUGCAAGAGUAGAUGCUGUUAAAGAAGAAAACCUGAAACUGAAAUCAGAAAAUCAAGUUCUUGGACAAUAUAUAGAAAAUCUCAUGUCUGCUUCUAGUGUUUUUCAGACUACUGACACAAAAAGCAAAAGAAAGUAAGGCAUUGAUAACCAAAGUAUAACAUUGUAUUGCUGCUGCUUUUUUGUUCUGUUCUAAAUUGCAUAGGCUACAUGACUUAAUACUCCAGUUUGUAGCAUCAUUGAAUAUUUGAAGAUUUUAAAGGCAGUUGUAGACAAAUGUUUUUCUGAACAACUGGAUAGUGCCUGUCUGUAGUGUAAGCUUUCAGUAAUGUGCAAAAGGUGGUGUAGAAGAAAUAUUAUACAGCUGAAGACAAGUGAUUUUUGAAAUGGAAUUCCUGUUUUGUGUUACUCAAAAGUCAUACACUGCCAAGUACUUUAAAUAUCUCAGUUUUUACCGUGGUACUGUUCACUAGUACAGUGGUACUAUAGCAAAACAAUAAGUGUUGUGCAGAGUGGUGUGAAUUUAUUUGGAAUGGGUUAUUUGCAUGACUUUUCCCAUGACUCUAAAAAGCUUAAAACACCCAUUUCCUCCUUCUCUCACCCUACACAUUUCCCAGUGCUGUCCCAUAUUCUUUCAGAUUCAGGCAAAUAGCUUUGCUUUUUUGUUUAUACUUUAAAGCAAGUUAAGGAUUUAGUAAUAUAACAUGAUUGCUUGCAGGACUGUAAGGGGACAGGGGAAUCACUGCCAAAACCUGACAAACUGAUUUUGGCUUUUAAAUAACCUGCUUCAAAAUAUAUUUUAACAACUUUAAGGAAGCAAUGCUCUGAUCUUUACAAUGCUACACUUCUUGAGUGUCCUCACCAGUUUACCUAAUACUUAGUUGCAUUUUCCAGUUGUGAUGGUCAUUAAUCGUGCAAGCUUAACAAAAGUAACCUUGUGAAAAAGUAGUUAGAUAUCCUAAAGAAUUUUCACUGAAACAGGUAUUUUCUUCUUGUAUGGUUUCCAUCAAUAGCCUUUAGCUGGCACAGAUGCCAGUUAGGAUAAAGUUAGGAUAAUCAAAGCACGAGGCAUGCCAUUGUAAAGUAAUACUAACAGUUGCUAGUGGUGGCAGAUCUCACCUCAUUUAACAUUGUUAUCUCCAUUUUUUAAGCCUUUCUUUGUUGUGUUUAAUUGCUCAACAAGGCUUGUGGGGUAUGCUAACAUAAAGGGGCUCAUAAGGGAAUUAGUUACCUGCAUGUAUGCAGCCUUGUGUCUGUGAAUAAAUUAUGUGAUGUAGACAAACUUGCUCAAGCUUCAUAGUGAAUGCAGUACUACAUGUGAGUGGAGGCUCUAGUUUGGUUUGGACUUCUGGCAGCUGUUUCCUUAGUACUGGUUUAAGGGAUGCAAGUUGGUUUCUGACUAUAGCAACAAGUCUCUUGUCUCCUUGUGAGCAGACUGGUAAACUUGUUCUCAGGAUUACAUGCCCAAUAGAAGUCUGUGGGGUCAGCAUAAUGCAGUAUUAUGUAUUUUCUUCAGUGUUAUGAAGCACAAGCCAGUGGUGUCCUCUCAUUCCAACUAUCAGUAUUAUAAGCAAUGAAACCUGCCUACAUAUUGUAUCUUGAAGGUAAGGAAAACAACCAUUUGAGGCACUAGAAGCUGGCUGAAACAUUCCUAUUGCUGAAAAUAUUUUUUUUUUAAAAUAAAGCCUCUGGCAUCAUAGGAUUCGAUGUACUAUCACAAAACAUUCUUAAAAUGAGUGAAUGAACUUAUUUUAUCCAGAGAAAAUGCAUGAAAAUGCAUUUAAGCAGGCAAGCGGGAUGAGCAAUCUUUAGGGAAAUGGCUUUCCACAUUAAUUUGUUUAAGAACCCUUCUACAUCUGACAUGGAAAUCUGCUUGGCAGAAGAUUGUGGGGCAUCUUUUGAGACGCAUACAUACUGACGUAGGGGACAGCCAGUCCUACUGUGCCUCCCAGCUUCUGUUGUUUGGCACUAUACGGAAACGAUGGCAGAGAUAUGUACACUGACUUUCAGGGAAGUACACAUAAUCUGAAAAUCGAUGCUCUGGAAUUCUACCACUUGGAGAACUCUGCAGGUGGUGGUACAUGCCUGAUACCAGUUAGCCUGUCAGGGACUGUGCCAAUACUGCUAGUGAUGGUGAAUUCUGGAAAUGGGCUGGGUUAGAAAUAAGCUCCUCCAGUGCAGGCACCUCCAAGGCCAGACCUCUUCUAACUGCUAUAAUGGCUUUGUGAUAGCCUGGCUAUGUUCCUCCAUAAAACAUAUCAGAGGUUGGUGGGGGGGGGGGGGAGGGAUCCAGUAGCAUAACCAAGUAGCUAUAUAGGGACUUGAUACUACAGCUUUGAAGAACUCUUGGGGAAAACUAAGGUUUGCGUUUUUACCCCUCCAGUUUUCGAAAGGUGUGUUGCUUGUCUGCUAUCCUUGCUAGCCCAACUGGUAGAUAGAGUAGUAAUAGUCUAAGCAAACAAGUGCUGGGCAAAAUCUACCCUCUUCUCGUUCCCACAAUUCCAGCUUGACAAUAAAACAUGCAACUAGCUAUGUGGAAAGGUAGCUAGAAUGGGUAGAUUGUUAAAUGUAAUAUUGAACGUUGGUAUCCUAGGUAUAGCUAUUACUGUAAAGAUCCUUGAAUCCCACUAUGUGGCCUUUCUGUUCAAUUAAGAGUUGUGCUGUAUUUCAGAAAUUAAACUAAUAAAAGCUUUCAGAUUUCA